UUCGGAUAAUUCGACUUUUUCGGGCUGAAAAGAAAUAGGGCCGCUUUGUCGGGAUCUUCUUCCGAAAAGAAAAAUAUUUCUUCUGUGAAAUGAGCGUUUUGGCGGCGGACAUAUCCAAGCAUGCGGGGCAUUACUGCCGCCUACUGGACUGGAGUAUGACAACACAUAUUCAGCACGCUCAUUUCAACAUGGAAAGCACCCAGCAGGAGAGCCCAGAGAACCCCCCUGCACCAUGCAGUGGCGUGUCGAUGCGGAGUGACCAUUCAAUAGGCGGCCUGAUUGAUUUUAAAAAGCGGCGCCCUUCCUCGGAAAACACCACCCAGCAGGAGAGCCCAGACUCCCCUGUACCAUGCAGCUCCAUGCAGAGUGACCAUUCAAUAGGAGGCCUGAUUGAUUUUAAAGGCAGACAUGAUUCUCCGAAGAAGAGCAUCCAGGAUGAGAGACCCGACUCGGCCAGCUGUGUGUCCAUGGGUGACCGUUCACUGGGCGGCCUGAUUGAUUUUAAAGAUCAACAACAUGCAUUUGAAAAUGUAGUCCACCAGGGGGGCUCGGAGGCUACCAGAAGUGAGCUUGCCCAGAAGCAUCAAACAGAUCUGGAGGGCAUAUUUAUGCUGCUUGAAGACACCAUUAUCACGUUUGUGAAGGAGGAGCUGAAACUCUUUCAAAGAGUUCUCUGUCCAGAUUCUUCAGAAGGUGAGAAGAAAAAGGAAGACACUGUGGACAGUGAGGAGGAAGAGCAGAGGAAGAGCAGCAGAGAGGCCCUUCUGAAGAUCACACUGCACUUCCUGAGGAGAAUGAAGCAGGAGGAGCUGGCCGACUCUCUGCAGAGCAAAGCCGUUGGUCCUAUAUGCCAGCAAAUAAUCAAAAGAAACCUAAAAGGGAAGUUCCAGCGUUUUUUUGAGGGAAUUGCUAAAGCAGGAAACCCGACACUGCUGAAUGACAUGUACACAGAGCUCUUCAUCGCAGAGGGAGGGAGUGGAGAGGUCAACGACGAACAUGAGAUCACACAGAUCGAAACGACAUCCAGGAAACCAUCAAGACCAGAAACUAUGAUCAAAUGUGAAGACAUCUUCCAACCAUUGCCUGGCAGAGAGCAUCAACCAAUCAGAACGGUGCUGACAAAGGGAGUGGCUGGCAUUGGGAAAACAGUCCUCACACAUAAGUUCACUCUGGACUGGGCCGAAGACAAAGCCAACCACAACAUCCAGUUCACAUUUCCGUUCACCUUCAGAGAGCUCAAUGUGCUGAAAGAGAAAAAGUUCAGCUUGGUGGAACUUGUUCAUCACUUCUUUACUGAGACCAAAGAAGCAGGAAUCUGCAACUUUGACAAGUUCCAGGUUGUGUUCAUCUUUGACGGUCUGGACGAGUGCCGACUUCCUCUGGACUUCCACAACAACCAGAUCCUGACUGAUGCUACAGAGUCCGCCUCAGUGGAUGUGCUGCUGACUAACCUCAUCACGGGGAAAGUGCUUCCAACUGCUCGCCUCUGGAUAACCACACGACCUGCAGCAGCCAAUCAGAUCCCUCCAGAGUGCGUUGACAUGGUGACGGAGGUCCGAGGGUUCACUGACCCACAGAAGGAAGAGUACUUCAGGAAGAGAUUGAGAGAGGAGGAGCAGGCCGGUAGAAUCAUCUCCCACAUCAAGACAUCACGAAGCCUCUACAUCAUGUGCCACAUCCCAGUCUUCUGCUGGAUCACCGCUUCAGUUCUGGAAGAUGUAACGGGAUCACAAACCAGAGACGAGCUGCCAAAGACCCUGACUGAGAUGUACAUCCGCUUCCUGGUGGUCCAGUCCAAAGUAGGGAAUGUCAAGUAUCGUGGAGGAGCUGAGACGGAUCCACUCUGGAACACCGAGACCAGCAAGAUCAUCAUGUCUCUAGGGAAACUGGCUUUUGAGCAGCUGCAGAAAGGCAACCUGAUCUUCUACGAAUCCGACCUGAGAGAGUCUGGCAUCGAUAUCACAGCAGCCUCGGUCUACUCGGGGGUGUUCACACAGAUCUUUAAAGAGGAGUGUGGGCUGUACCAGGAAAAGGUCUUCUGCUUCGUCCAUCUGAGCUUUCAGGAGUUUCUGGCUGCUCUGUAUGUCUACGUGCAGUUCAUCAACACCGGUGUCAACCUACUGUCAGAGCCACAGUCCAGAUCUAGUUGGUGGUCUAAGCUGUUUACAUUCACAUUAACUGAAAAAACUAUCUUCCAGAGUGCUGUGGACAAGGCCCUACAGAGUCCAAAUGGACACUUGGAUUUAUUCCUCCGCUUCCUCCUGGGUCUUUCACUGGAGACCAAUUACACUCUUCUACGAGGUCUGUUGAAACAGCCAGGAUGUGGCGCGUAUACCAAUCAGGAGACGCAGUACAUCAAGGAAAAGAUCCGUGAGAAUCCAUCUCCAGAACGGUGCAUCAACCUGUUCCAUUGUCUGAACGAACUCAAUGAUCAUUCUCUAGUGGAGGAGAUCCAACAGUACCUGAGUUCAGGAAGUCUCUCCACAGACAAACUGUCUCCGGCUCAGUGGUCAGCUCUGGCUUUCUUCUUACUGUCAUCAGAAGAAGACCUGGAUGUGUUUGACCUGAGGAAAUACUCUGCCUCAGAGGAGGCUCUUCUGAGGCUGCUGCCAGUGGUCAAAGCCUCCAACAAAGCUCUACUGAAUGGCUGUAACUUGUCAGAGAGAAGCUGUGAAGCUCUGGCAUCAGUUCUCAGCACCAAAAACUCCAGUCUGAGAGAGCUGGACCUGAGCAACAACGAUCUGCAGGAUUCAGGUGUCAAGCUGCUUUCUGCUGGACUUGCGAGUCCACACUGUAGACUGGAAACUCUGAGACUGUCAGGCUGUCUGGUAUCAGAGGAAGGCUGUGCUGCCCAGGCCUCAGCUCUGCGCUGUAACCCCUCCCAUCUGAGAGAGCUGGACCUGAGCUACAACCAUCCAGGAGACGCAGGCGUGAAGCUGCUCUCCGCCGCCAUAGAGGAUCCACGCUCGCAACUGACUGUUCUCAGUGUGGAACAUGGUGGAGUGAAGAGGUUAAAGUCAGGUCUGAGGAAGUAUGCCUGUGAACUCCGGCUGGACCCGAACACAGUGAACAGGAAGCUGAUGUUGUCUGAGGACGACAGAAAGGUGACGGAGGUGAAAGAGGAGCAGCCUUACCCAGAUCACCCAGAGCGAUUUCACCACUGGAAGCAGGUUCUGUGUAGAGACGGUUUGACUGGGCGCUCUUACUGGGAGGCGGACUGGAAAGGAUGGGUUAACAUUGGAGUGGCAUACAAAGGAAUCAAAAGGAAAGGGCAGGACGACGACUGCUGGAUUGGACAGAAUGGCAAGUCCUGGAGUCUGUUACGCUGCGAUAAUAAUUACUCCGCCUGUCACAAAAAUAGGAGAGCAGUCAUACCCGUCCACCCCUCGUUUGACACUGGCAGAGUAGCAGUGUAUGUGGACUGGCCUGCUGGCGUUCUGUCCUUCUACAGAGUCUCCGCUGACACACUGAUCCAUCUCCACACCUUCAACACCACUUUCACUGAACCGCUCUACCCCGCAUUUGGGAUGGAGUUAAAGCCUGGAUCAUCGGUUUAUCUGUGUCAGUUAUAGCACGAGGUCGAGUCACCUCUUGUCUGGAGAAACAGUUUAACAGAGACAAUUGCUGAACACGUAAUGAAUGGCAUACAGUAGACACGUUCAGUUGUGAACAAUUUUUUUUUCAAUCAGUUUCUUUUUGUCUUGGAAUUAGGGGGGGGGGGUAGCGUCCAACACAUUUUGUAACUUUCUGAAAUUUACCAUUGUACCACAACAACAUGCCCUCUUUACACAGCAAUUGGCCAGGUGUGCUAAGGUGUCACGGUAAGCAGAGGUAGAACUCUUCUCUCUCGCAAACUUUUUUUUUUUUUAUUCAUUACACGCCUACUUUUGUCACUUUUCGUUUGUACUCACAAUUUUACCCCCAAGCAUGCCUUCAUGGACAGAAAGUUAAGAGUGGACGUGGGACGACACAUCGUACAACUUUUCUUUCUUUUUGAGCACACCAUCACUCCACCCAUUCUUAUUGCGGCCGAAGACCACAUCUACACUCAUUCACUUAAUGUGUCUUGGGCGAAUUGGACAGUUUAGUUAUUCUUCUUCUGGUGUUUGUGGGAUUUACCACAGCUUCAGGUGCAUUACCACUUCCUUCUGGACUGGAGGAGGGCCCACUCUGAUUUACAUGUAGCCCAGGAAAACCAAGACAGAUUCUAUGUGGCUAAGUGUCUUAAAUGUCAUCUGGAUUGUAUGUGGCUAUGCAAAAUCUUGAAAUGAAAAGUGUAUAUAGGGCCUUAUUGCUAAUUUGUCAAAAUUGACUACGGCCACUACAUUUGAUGCCUUUGUGGAACAUAGUGAGUGCAGUACAUCUGUGGAAAAUAACACUAGGACACCAGAAAUGCCACACAAAGCAAAAUACACGUUAAUCAGUACAGCUAGUCUACAACUCCUCUCCUUUCAUCCAUUAAAUGGCUCUGUGACAUUUCAAAUACAUGUACCUAAUCCAUCCAGACUGUAACACCUUUCGAUAAUCAUUGUCAAUACAUGUACAGAUGUUUAGAUUUUAAACACUAAGUUACUUUGGAACUUCUGGAUGCAACAAGGGGCUGCAUCCACUGAUAUUUAGGACAUAAUAGUGUUGAGUUACUCCAAAACUAACAACAUACUAGAUAGGUGAAAAGCAGCGUAAGCAUCAGACAACCAUCAUCCGCUGUCAUGUUCAACAGUAAAGAGUUAGCAGAGCUACCGGGGCAAAUAAAAAACCCAGGGCCGACUUUGUCAAGCCAAAGCCAAUGCAUUUUAUUUUACACAUCUUGUAUAACGUGGUCACCAGAAUUCCAUGUGCAAUACACAAGUGAAAGAAAUAAAAGUGAACACAUGGGAGACGUGACAGACUAUAACAUGUUUUCAUCAGAUUUAUUAAUAUUCCAGUUAAAUACAUUGGCUAUGACACCUGUAAGUGUGCUAUAUAUCAUUGACUUUGUUAUAAUCUACAACACAUAUUUUGUUAUUGUGUCAAAACUGAGACUUUUUUUUUUAAUAAGCGAAAUGACUUGCACAAUAAUAGUAACUAGAUUCUGUACAACAUUUACAAUGUAUGAAAUCACAAAUACUGUGUCUUAAAGUAAAAAUGUCAAUAUAAAAAAAAAUAAAAGCUCACUCACUAUGGCAACAAUGGACAAAAUCAUAGCUUUAAAUCAUUAUUUUCAUACCUCGUAUGCAAAUGCACAAAACCUGUGAAAGAACAAGCAAACAAACGAUGAAAUUCUCACUAGGUGAACAAUUUGUGCAAUGGAGCAAAACUUUUCAUUUGUAACCUAAUACUGUAUAGUGCUCACUACACAGCUACUGCUCUCCUCACUGGGACACACCUGUGGAAUACCAUUUUAUCCGGGUCGCUCUGUGCGUGUAAGAAGCAUGUGUGAAACGAUAUUUAAGUGAAAUAUUUAGGUGAAAAUCAUUUGAAGUGAGAUUCAUUUACAACAUAGGUAGAAUAAAGUGGUUCCCCUCGUUUACAAAGACACUGAAGGCAGCAUAGAAUCGACUUGAGUUUCAGUUUUAAAUCAGUAGGUUGCUUAUAGUUAGUAGGUACAUUUUCCUUGGAACACUGCCAAUUAUACAGUAUUAAUAGAACAUUUAAAAAAAAAAAAAAAUCCUUAUUAAUAGAUCAGUAACUACUGUUUGCAAUAAGCUAAGGAACCGCAA